AUGUUUACCAACAUUUCUAGCAACAACGAGCUCCUGUAUCAUGUUUUGAAUACUGUACAGACUUCUGGGGAGCCCAUUGUAUGCUCCACACUUUCACCUCUUGGCAACCUAGAGGCAUUUAUCGAAGAAGUGAAGCGUCGUCAUCUACGUAUUGCUGCAUUUCCAAACGGGGGCAUCAUUGUUUUUCCGAUCAUUCCCGUAGAAGAGGCUGAGCUGAUGGAAAUAUGUGAAAAUUACUGUAGUAUGGAAACCGAUCUAGACCGUGCUAAUAUGCGGCAUAGCCUGUACCUCCGUGAGUAUCCUUUGUUUGAUGCACAAUCUUGUAGUCGCGAUGCGCUUUACCAUCCAGCCGAUUGCGUCAUAAGACUGGCCGAACUUUGCCUUAAAGUCGUCCGAACGUCUCAAACAAAUCUCGAGAAGUUAGCACCAUAUGCUCUUUAUCUAUACAUUGAUCAAAUUAAAGUGUUAUGUAAUUAUGUCUAUUGGCGUUUGAACCCCACUGCGUCGGAAGUAAUGAAUUCUUCUUCUUCCCAUGAGCAGUCAGGGCUGGAAAUGCACUCUCACGAGGCCGGAGAUGGAAUUGUGAAAACGACUAAAAGUGAGGCCGAUGGGGACCAAAUGAGUCCAAUCCCAUUCACAAAACAUCCUCAUGACGGGGCUAAUGAAUCCACCCAAGCAAACGACGACGAUCUCGAGGACGAUUUAACCGGCCAGGAGAAAGUGGAUGACGCGUCGGAGGUGGCGGAAUAUGUCAAAGAGGCGGAUUAUCCAUUAAUCACGCAAUACUCCAAAUUUUACAAUGGCGAAGGGGAUAGUCGACGGUUGGCCGCGGUUUACUUCCCUGGUGGGAUCGAUCCGACGAUUUGUCGGGCCACCUCCCGCGUCCUCGAGCCCGCGGCGACGCGGUCGAAUUUACGGGCCGCGACAAAUGGCGGAACGCCCCCCGAAACGGGAAUUGUGGGGUUUUACGAUUAUUUAAACAACCCAACUCCACAGAAAUGCCGCGCGACGCGCUUUACACGCCAAAAUGGAGACUCGGUGAUGAAUGGAUGUCAGACUUUUCUGCAGGCCCUCGACAGCAUGUACCACGCGCAGGCCCCGGCGCAUUACCAACUUCAGCGCAUGGCCAUUCCCCCGCGAUUUGAACUGUGCGGGACGGCAUUCAGUACCUUGACGGUCAACCGCAACUUUCGAACGGCGGUUCAUCGCGAUCGUGGGGAUUUCCGCGGCGGGCUUGGGGCGCUUUGCGUGAUUGACGGGGCCUUUGACGGCUGCCAUCUCGUUAUUAAACCCCUUCAAAGGGCCUUUCGUCUAAGCGUGGGCGAUGUUUUGCUUUUCGAUACGAGCCUCGAGCAUGGCAAUACGGAGGUGCACAAUUCCGAAUUGCCCUGGAAACGAAUCAGCGUCGUUUGCUACCUUCGGAAUGGAUUAAUGUCGUCGAUUUGUGAGAUCGAGCGUCGUAAACAUCUCAAUCGGAGCAUCCUCGGCUCGCUAACAAAUUCCAAAGAGACGGGAUCGGUGGUGAAUAUAAAUGGCGUGGAUAAAACUCUCCCACCGCUGUUUAUCCCCACCAAGCUUGUCAACGAACUCGCACCGGUCCAACUUUCCGCGCUGAACUUCGCGGCGGAGCGGGGAAGUAGAAAUAGUGGAUGUGUGCUUGCCAUGACGAUGGGAAUUGGCAAAACGUUGGUUGCGCUCACGCUCUGCUUUUCUUAUUUCUUUAAUUGUCCAAGUCGGGACAUUCUGAUUCUGGCCCCCAAACCCAUUAUCGGUCAUUGGGUUCAUGAGCAAAAAAAGUGGGGAACGCACGGCCUUCAAUUUAACCGUCUUGUAGCCUCAGAUCGUAUUGACGCCAAGGAGUUUGAUGAAAGCUUGCACCUUUUUGAUCAGCAGUUAUGUGGUGAUCAACCUAAAGAAGGUCAUUUGAUUAUUAUAAAUCCAGAGUACUUGACGACUUUUUCGAAGCGGUUUGAAAAAUUUGAUCCGCAACUUAUCAUUGUCGAUGAAGGUCAUCGAGUGGCUGCUCGAGGCAAUAAACUUAUAGAAUCACUUUCAAAGUACAAAUGCCGUUUGCGUAUAGUACUUUCAGGGACGCCAUUGCAAAACAAUACAAAAGAGCUCUAUCGUCUAGUGAGUUGGGUGAAUCAAGAGAUUUGUAAAGUCAUUCCCGAACGCUUGUUUGAUGAUUUUGCGAAUGAUAUCAGCAAGUACGUAGCGGGGGAUGACAGUGUAUUUCAAAAAGCCUUGGUAGCUCAGCAGUUCAUUCAAGAUUGGAUGAAGGGCUUCAUCUUUCGUGAGAUGAAAGUCGAUCUUCCACCGUUGAAUGAUUAUAUAUUGAUUUGCAAUAGCUCCGAAACGCAGCAACGACUCGAAAAGCAAAUUGGGAUUGAAAUCGGGACAAGUGUUAUGCGGGUAAGUGAACAUCGCCCUUCUCACCUGUCGGCGCAUCCGCUUUGCUAUUUUGCGUUUAUUUGGGGGGGAUAUCACUCUUUAUCGUAUGGAUACACUAAACAUGGCAGAUAUGACAGUGCGAUUCAUUACUCCAAAAAGGAUUUUCUCGAGAUGGAGCGUUAUUAUAAUAGCAUCAAAAACGACGAAAUCGAUUCUUUUACCGCCUCGAGCGGUAAACUGUAUGCACUCAUUAAAAUUGUCCAGCAGAUUCAGGCAAAAGGUGAAAAAGUCAUCAUAUUUUCCCAAUAUGUGGGGGCCCAGGAUAUCAUCCACCGAACCCUCACGGCGUAUAAAAUAUCCGCCUUUACAGUUCGCGGGCGGGACUCGCAGGACCGGCGCCAGAGUGCGAUUCAGCUUUUUUCGCACCACAACAAGAUGGUCGCGUUGGUGUUGUCGACGAAGAUCGCCGCGUUUGGGUUGGAUUUCACCGCGGCCAACCACGUUAUUUUGUUUGAUUCGUGGUGGAAUCCCCAGGUCGACGCGCAGGCCGUUGCGCGAGCCUAUCGACGCAAUCAACAAAAAUCCGUCACCGUCUAUCGAUUGGCUUCUCUGCUGGAAGGGAGCUCAAUUUUAAAAAUGCAAACCCGCAAGAUCGCGUUAUUUAAUUGUAUUAUGCACGAGAAGACGAGUCGUAGUGCGCGCUCCAAUGAGGUUCACGAUUAUGCCGACAGUGAAAAAGAUCCCGAUAGACAAAUGUUGUGGCGAAAUCUUAAAGAAUCUUUACUUGAAGGGGGUCAUCCCAUUCUUCAGGCGGUCUACCUUCACCGCGAUACCGUAAAAGAUACCGAUUACGCGCGAGAUGAGUUGGAUGAUUUUAAUGACUAA